AUGGUAGAAGCCCGACUAGGGCGUACUGUAAUGUACCAAACAAGACAAGCUGUUACUAGUUAUAUGACAGCAGCAACAUUGGCCAAGCAAAAAUCAAUUCAGCAGGCCAAUGAUCAUCCCGUGUUCGUCACGCCUGAAACAAACUCUCCCAUCACAGUUCAUUACGGUCGGCACUUGACAAGUGGUCUACUGACCUUAUACGAUUUGAUUAUCAACAAUAAACAAACAAAAAUCAUAACUAGCGCCUCAUCGAAACUCGUCGAUCGACUUGCUGAAAACUACGGUGUUCAAUUCUUCUUAACAAUGUGUGAAACACUGGCAAGCACCGAUAUUCGACCAGUUGCCAAUGGCUUGGCUGGAGACGCUGCAACGUCAUCGAAUGAUUUGAGACUUGUCGAUUUGGCACUCUCGCACACAGCUGGCACACGCGAACGUCAUUAUGAACGUGCUCAACGACCAGGCGAUUCAAAGCAUGUACUUGGUCUCUUCGCGUAG